CCACCGGGGAAACGCCUGCCACACCCAGCCAGCCAGCCAGUCCUCCCCAUCACCAUGAAGCCGGCGGCGCGGCGGCCGCUGCUGCUGUGCGCGCUGGCGGCGGCGGCGGCGCUCUCCUUCCUCCUCGUCGCGCCGCCGCCGCCGCUCGCCGCGCACCUCUCCUCCCUCCUCCUCGCCUUCCCGGCCUCUCCCUACGCCGGCCGCCCCAAGCUGCUCUUCCUCCUCGCGGGCCAGUCCAACAUGGCCGGCCGGGGCCUCGCUCCCUACCCGCUGCCCGCGCCGUUCCGCCCGCACCCGCGCGUGCUCCGCCUCGCCGCAUCCAGGCGCUGGGUCGUCGCCGCGCCGCCGCUCCACGCCGACAUCGACACGCACAAGGCCUGCGGCCUCGGCCCCGCCAUGCCGUUCGCGCACCGCCUCCUGCAAGAGGCCGGCUCCGGCGAGUCCUCCCUCGUGCUCGGGCUCGUGCCGUCUGCGGUCGGCGGCACAAGGAUCUGGAUGUGGGCCAAGGGGGAGCCGCUCUACGAGGCCGCCGUCGCCCGGGCGCGCGCCGCCCUGGGCGCCGGCGGAGGGACGCUCGGCGCCGUGCUCUGGUUCCAGGGGGAGAGCGACACCAUCGAGCUGGACGACGCCACGGCCUACGGCGGAAGGAUGAAGCGCCUCGUUAACGAUCUCCGGGCCGAUCUCGGCAUCCCCGACCUGCUCCUCAUACAGGUUGGUCUUGCAUCAGGAGAGGGGAAUUACACUGAUAUUGUCAGGGAAGCUCAGAAAAAUAUCAAACUUCCUAACGUCAUUCUUGUGGAUGCAAUUGGGUUGCCACUCCGGGAUGAUCAGUUGCACCUCUCCACAGAAGCUCAACUCCGGCUGGGUGACAUGCUGGGGCAAGCCUAUCUGAAAUUUAACUCAUCCACAGAUUCAAGACAAUGACAUCGUUAUUCACUGAACCUGUUGUUAGGUGUAGAGUCAAAUGACAAAUACCAUCAUUCUUUGGGAAUAUUCUGUUGUAGAGUGUAGAUCAUUGUACAAGAGGAGUGAGUUUCUACUCAUGGGUGCACAAAAAAAAAUGUAAUAAAGGGUGGGUACCCGGUAGAAACUUAGCUCAAACAGUUCAAGUGUUGUAUAUUACACAAGAAAAACAGAGUCCUCUCCCUCCGUUCUGGAAAUACAAUUUGCCAGCAUUUGGUGGAUUCUGAA